UUACAUUAGUUACCUCUAUGAAUAUGAAUCAUUAAAUUCAACACCAAGAUUCUCUAGAUUAUUCCAUACAAAAUUGCAUUUAAAAACUAAAUUCACACGGGAAACUGACCAUAAGUCGUAAAAACUUAUAAGUUGAAUUGAAUUUCGGUGAUCCAUCUUGUUAUAAAUCUUUACUCCUACGAAAGCAUAUAAUUCUGAUCAAACACGUUGUAAUCUUUCUAGAAGAUAAAACUAAAGUAAGAUGGGUUCAAAUAAUGAAGAAUUACCCGCACAGAAUGAGGAAGGUGAAUCGGUGCAACCUCGCCAGCCGAGGAAUUUACAGGGUCUCCUUCGUUUCGCCAUGGAGGCUACUAAGGCUGAAGAUGCACCAGGGAACUCUGAACUGGGCCCCAUGGAUGAAGAGAGACGUAAAUUCCUUGAAGAAGCUCUGAAAAGUCUUACAGUAGAUGUAGCACAAGUUAUACAGAAUGCUAUAAAGAUCCUCACUGAUCAGAAGAAGAUGAGCAGUAUACAACUUGGAGAUGCUCUGCCGGAGGAUGUUGAGACAGCAUUUAAUAAUGUUAUGGAGUUUAUUGAUGACAUUGAUAUUGCUAAUGAUUUUCACAAACUGGGUGGUUUUGCUAUAUUCCCCAUAUGCUAUGGCAGUGAGAAUGAAGAGGUCCGUGCCAAAGCCAGCAGAGUGCUGGCUGAAUUGUGCCAGAAUAACCCACAAUGCCAGUCCUUGGCACUUGAGAGUGGUGUGCUGAAUGUGUUACUGCAUUUAGCUAUUACUGAGAGAGGAAACACUCUUGCUAAGUGCAUUAUGGCUAUAUCAUGUGCAACUCGUGAGUUUGAGCCGGCCUGCAAGGAGCUAACAGCUCAGGGUGGGUGUGAGAUCUUGGCCAACGCGCUGCGAUCUUCAGACUCGGCUGCAAGAACUAAAGCGGCAUUCCUAAUACGAUAUCUGUGUCAUCACCAUGCGGAGGCCAAAGAAAAAUUUAUACAACAGAACCUAGUGAAAGCAAUCGUUGAUCAAAUCAAGUCUAGGCGAGAUGAUAAUUCAGAGCAUUUGUUAAGUAUACUUGAAAGUUUACUAGAAGGUCUUGACCCUACUAUACUCCAGCAAUGCAGAGACCCCAGCUUAGAUCUCAAGAAUGUUCUUGAAAAUCACUUAAAACAUCCAGAAUUACAGGAUGAUACAUUUAUGGAGGAAAAGGAAUAUUGUCAAGCGAUACUUAAAGUUUUUAGUAACUACCCACAGAGGGAGGUGGACAAUAAUGAAGUUGAUAGAUAGAGGAAGAUGGAUCUGUGAUUCCUGAGCAUUAAUAAGUGUUUCAUAUAUUGGUAGUUUGAGAAGGAUUUGGGAGACCUGUAAAAUUUGAUUAAAUAUUAUUGUUCUAUAGA